UAGUGUGUGUGCAGCCUCCACGUGAGUGUUUGUAAAGUGAUCCGGGUAAGGUGUGUGUUUGGAAUGGUCCCGGGACCUGGCUCCACCACGUUGUUGAGCGCCCUCUCUUACUUUUUCCUCAAUCCAUCUGUUCCCUCUGUCCGAAUGAACUCUUACCUCCAUUACCUAAGGCAGCCUCACUGAGGGGCCUGCUGACUUCAUGGGUGUCAGUUGGUGGUGCGACUCUCCCGGUGGAAGGGGUGUUUGUGACGGCCAGACAGAGCUGGGCUGCUUUCAGCCCCUCAUUGUUUUAUAAGUGUCCCUUGUGGCUCUGCUUACAGAACCAUGCUCUCAAUACUCUGGAAGUCUGGGGCAGUAUGGCAGAGUGGCGCUGACAUUGAUACUCUGGCUUGGCAAGAGGACAGAGAUGAGAUUCAUUCUAGAGUAGAAGGAUAUCAUUGCUUAUACAGAGAGGUCAUGGGUAAAGGUGUCUAAACCUGUUUUGGGGGUUUGAGUUCUUGGCUAGGAGGAGGUGGAAUCUUGAGUAAGGGGGAAUCUCGCUUUAGCAGUAGCUGAAUAGCCGUGGAGGGAGGUUUCAUACAUUUUAUUGUAUUGUCUAGUUUUGGUCCACUUUUUCUUUUUCUCUGUCUUUCUCUUCUCCAUCCUUCAAGAGUGCAUAUGUUUAGACGUGACAUGUCAUUUAUCAUUUGGCCACAUCAUCUACCUAACUACAUGAUGAAAUAUUUCCAUUGCUACUCUGUCUUUCGAGCGCCCCUGCCUGCAGUCUCUCCCCUGUUUUACACGGCACACAUGCUGCUCCUUCUGCCCAGUCGGCAUCUCUGCUCUUACUCUCCCUCUCUUCCGUAGGGUAGUGGUGUGCGUACAUAGACAGCCCCCCUGACGAGGCCCCCAGCUCCAGCAUGAAAGGUUAUGUAAUGAGGUUUUAGUAGAGUUUCCUGGUUGUCAAGAGCCUGACUCGACUCAUAUUGCCGCUUAGGACAGGGAUGAGCUAGCGUACUGCCACUCACUCAUCCUGUCAAUCAGUUAGUAGGGGGAAAAAACUCCUCAGAUAAACCGGUAACGCCGAAGACCAAAAGUAGAACAAGAAGCCAGGUUCUGCCUUACAGCUUGUAGGCGAAGACUUUUUUCACUCGAGGAAGUGAGUUUUCAGAGCAGACGGCGGUAGUCAGGCCACCUGUUCCCCCAGCCUCAGAGACCGGUAACAGAGAGAGUGAGAGAGACGACACAGAGAGAAGCGGCAAGCGGGGAGCAGCAUCACCACCACACACCCUCUACAAGCUUUUGGGACACUCCACACACCCCUCACGGAGAUUCUAAGCAUGCUGCUGCUGGAGGAGUCGGAGACCUUUGCAGACCAGCCUCAUACCGCUCCCUUUAGCUCGGGGAAUGAAGCACAGGGAGGGGACUCUGCGGGAUGGCAGUGCACCCCCCCAUCUACCUCAGCCUCGGGGGAGACGCCGUCCCACCCCUCAACACAGCCCCACUCUCGACCGUCCUCGCGGCCUGAGAACCAAAUUCCCUCGCAGUCCCUGAGUGGAACCAAGAAGAGGUCCCACUCCAACAAACCUGCACACAUGAGGAGGAACAUCAGAAAGCUACUGAGCGAGCAGCAGUUGGAGGCGGUGACCAAAGCUGCCCAGCAAGAGGAGCUGGAGAGGCGGCAGAGGCUGGAACAGCAGAGGAAGGAAGGGCACGUCCCUGUGGUCCUGCUACCUGAGUACACACCAGGACAUCUGUCUCAGAGUGUGUCUGCUAGCGUGGCCAAAAAGGAUCGUGUGAUCUGCCUGGACACCAGUAACAGCAGCACUAACGUCAGAGAAGACGACUCCAAAGCUCUGGUCCCAGAAUCACACUCGCCCAAAGAUGACGUGAUCGAGCUGAGCUCCGGCGAGGACGACGCCCUACAGGUCAGCAGCGAGUCCACCAAUGAGGAGGAGGAGCGGUCGGAGGAGGCCAGCGGCACCCACGUCAACGAUGCUGUGAACCAACCGGACGCCCUGGGGCGUGUCUUGGUCAACCUGAACCACCCUGCUGAGGAGGUAGACCUGUUCCUCUCCCCUCAACUGGCCCGUGCCGUCAAACCUCACCAGAUCGGUGGGGUCCGGUUCCUGUAUGAUAACCUGGUGGAGUCUCUGGAGAGGUCUAAGCGCAGCAGUGGCUUCGGCUGUAUCCUUGCCCACAGCAUGGGCCUGGGCAAGACCUUGCAGGUCAUCUCUUUUAUAGACAUCCUGCUUAGACACACGCAGGCCCACACCGUGCUCGCCAUCGUUCCUGUCAACACGUUACAGAACUGGCUGGCUGAGUUUAACCUCUGGGUCCCUUCCUCUGAGGCGUUACCCACAGACAUCAACCCCGCACACUUCUCCCCACGCAUCUUCAAGGUCCACAUCCUGAAUGACGAGCACAAAACCACGGCCAGCAGAGCGAAGGUGAUCUCUGACUGGUCGCUGGAUGGCGGCGUGCUCCUGAUGGGGUAUGAGAUGUACCGCCUGUUGUCCCUGAAGAAGAGCUUUGUGGCGGGCCGGAAAAAGAUGUCCAAGAAGCUCCAAGGACCAGUGGUCAUUGACCUGGAUGAAGAGAACCUGCAGCAGGAGCUCCUCAAAGACAUAGAGAAGGCCCUGUCUCGCCCAGGCCCGGACGUGGUGAUCUGUGACGAGGGCCACCGCAUUAAGAACUGCCACGCCAGCACCUCGCGGGCCCUGAAGAACAUCCGUACCCGGAGACGUGUGGUCCUCACGGGAUACCCACUCCAGAACAACCUGAUAGAGUACUGGUGCAUGGUGGACUUUGUAAGGCCUGACUUCCUGGGCACCAGGCAGGAGUUCAGUAACAUGUUUGAGAGGCCCAUUCUGAACGGGCAGUGUGUGGACAGUACGCCUCAGGACGUCCGGUUGAUGAGAUACCGAAGUCAUGUCCUCCAUAGCCUGCUGGAGGGCUUCGUCCAGAGGCGUGGCCAUAACGUGCUGAGAGACCAGCUCCCCUCCAAGGACGAGCAUGUGAUCAUGGUGCGCCUGUCACCCCUGCAGAGGGCCCUCUACAAAGAGUUUAUGAACCGCUUCAGAGAGGCAGGCAACAGCGGCUGGCUCAGCCUCAACCCACUCAGGGCCUUCUGCGUGUGCUGCAAGAUCUGGAACCACCCAGACGUGUUGUACGAGGCGCUGCAGAAGGAGAAUCUGGCCAAUGAGCAGGACCUGGACCUGGAUGACAUCACCAAUGGCCACGCCCUCUGCCCAGCCCCCUACCAGAAGGGCAAGACCCCGGAGGACCCCAACAGCAUCGGAGGGCUGAGUCUCAACGCUCUGCAGGAGAAGGCCAACCAAGUCAUCACCUACGAAUGGGCGAAGGAGAUCAUGUCUGACUAUAAACCCGGGCUCUUGGAGAACUCUGCUAAGAUGGUCCUGCUGUUCCACCUGAUCGACGAGAGUGUGAGGAAGGGAGACAAGAUCCUGGUGUUCAGUCAGAGUUUGUCCACCCUGUCAGUCAUCGAGGAGUUCCUGGCCAAGAGGCCCAUACUGGCGGGCAGCGCCAGAGAGGGCUAUAAUCAAAACUGGGUCCGCAACCACAACUACUACAGACUGGAUGGGAGCACAUCUGCUUCAGAGAGAGAGAGGCUCAUCAACCAGUUCAACGACCCGUCCAACACCUCCGCCUUGAUCUUUCUGCUGUCCACCAGGGCUGGUUGUCUGGGGGUGAACCUGAUCGGGGCUAACCGCGUGGUGGUGUUCGAUGCCUCCUGGAACCCCUGUCACGACGCCCAGGCCGUAUGUCGGGUGUACCGCUACGGCCAGAAGAAACCCUGCCAUAUCUACCGCCUCGUCUGUGACUUCACUUUGGAGAAGAAGAUCUACGACCGACAGAUCUCCAAGCAGGGCAUGUCCGACCGAGUGGUGGAUGACCUGAACCCGGUGCUGUCGUUCACGCGAAGGGAGGUGGAGUCUCUGCUGCACUUCGUGGAAGAGGAGCCUGACGUGUCACAGGUGCAACUACAGCCCCACCAAGAGAUAGAGGCGGGCAUCAGACAGGCCUGCCAGCUCUACCCUCACCUUGUCACCAAGCAACCCUUUCACCACGAGUCUCUCCUGAUGGAGCGACAGGGGAUGAAACUCACCAAAGUGGAGAAGAAGGCCGCCAAGAAGAGCUACGAGGAUGAGAAGCGUGCAUCGGUGCCCUACACGCGCCCCUCUUAUGCCCACUAUUACCCCGCCAGCGACCAGAGCCUCACAAAUAUCCCUGCCUUCAGCCAGCGCAACUGGCGCCCACCCCCCCGACAAGAUGAGAAGCCGGUGGCCAGUGUUCGCCCAGUUCAGUCGACUCCAAUUCCCACGAUGCCUCGCCAGGCGUCUCACAGCUCUGCCCCCACAGCAGACACCGAGUCCAGCUCGGGCUUUCCCAUCAACUACCUGCAAAAGGCGGGCGUAUUCGUCCAGAAGAUCGUCACCACCACAGAUAUCGUGAUACCUGAAACCAACAGUUCAACUGAUGUUAAGGCCAGAAUCAGUGCAGGAGAGAGCAUCCACGUCAUCAGAGGAACGAAAGGGACCUACAUCAGGACUUGUGAUGGGAGGAUAUUUGCCAUCCGCACUGCAAGCAAGCCCAAGGCAGGGGAAGAGAAGUCAGCUGCUACACCCAAAGACACCCAGAAGGUAUCGGAGGAGGCCUCCGCCAACGGCUGUGUGACUCGCCUGCUCUCCCCCGACAGCCCCGAAAUCCUGAGUGAACUCCAGAGGUACGAGGCUUCAACCAGAACCAAGGCCCAGCAUCAGCAGGGCUCCAAGGCUUCGUCUGCAGGUGCAGCGGCUCCACAGGAGAAGGCGCCGGCAGAGAGCAACAAUGGCAGCAGCAUGACUAGCCAUGCCAAGCCCUGGAGCGAUGCCUCCGCCCCGGCCAAGCCCAGCACAGAUGCCAUUGCUGCCCUGGACCUGAGGGGCACCAAGCGCAAGGCCUCCACCCCGUCCAACGUCGAAUGGGCCAUCAAAAAGCAGCCGGCCCCCAGCAAGCGGACCUCGGCCCAGUUGCCCCCCCAGGCUUUUCCCUUCGCGGCGGGCUAUGACCUCCCACCCAUGGGCCUCAACCCAGCUAUGCUGGGCUCCAUGGGGCACCCCAUAUUCAUGGGGGCCGGCUUGCCGUACUUCCAGUCCCACAGCCAGCAGGCUGACCACCGUCUCAUGUUCCCCAUGACUCCCGACCCCUUCGGCUUGGGGGGCGGCACCCUACCUAGAUCCUCCUCCACCAUCACCUCCCCGGCUGCCCCUGACUCAGCCUCCCUAGCUCCCUUCAUGCUGGGUGCUGGUAUGGCUGGCAUGCUGCCCCCAGGUUUCCCCAUGUCCUACGGCCAGUCCCUGUGCAUGUAUCCUAACUUGCUGCACCCCAGGGAGCUACCGGCCGCCACCCCAGGCCCCGCUGGCUCCAGCUUCUUCUCCCACUUCCCCUCCUCCUCUGGCCUGAUAGGGGCAGGGCUGGGUCGCUCUGAUGCCCACGGCUCGGCAGAGAACGCCGGUGGAAGCAGCUCAGACAGCAACAACGACGAUGAAGAUGAUGAUGUCAUUGAGGUGAUGGGACAAUGAGAGCCUCCAACUGUAGGAAAGAGGCAUGUGGGUUGUAGGGGACAGUUAGUGGAGUUGCUGGGGCUAGGAAAGCUGAAGAGAAAGGGAAGGGACAACCAAGCCCACCUCCUGCACUAGACCUAUUCCCCAUCCUAAAUGCAACAUGCACACCUUUCAAAUAACGAGAAUCUGUGUUGGAAUAUAACAGACUGGACAAAGCACCAAAUCCUUAUGCUGAAUAUCUUAUUUAAACAUUUUUAAAAAGGCAUAUCUGAACUUAUGUGAUGAAGAAAAAUGAACUUGGUGCUUCCAAAAUGUUGUCCUGUACUGGCUUUUGCAAAUCACUGAAGCAAGAGACUGCUGGGUUUGGACCUGCAAACCACUUCUUUGUCUUCUAUUUUAUUUUUUUAUUCCCAGCGGUUGAUGACAGACUAGGUUAAUAACUAACUGACAAUAGACUUGAGUUAAUAUGUCAAUUUUAUAUACGUAGUUGGUAGUAAUUAUUGUAUGGCGCAAAAUAUCAGUUACAUGAUAUUGUUCUUCAUUGUCAUUAUAUGCUACUGAAUAUUAUUUUAUAUAGUAUUCGUGCUCUAAACAUGUCACAACUGUUUUCAAAAUCGAUUUGAUUUGCCCUUGAAUUUACUGCGUUUAGUUUUUCAGAAAAUUGACUACUUGAGACUCAAUUCAAAGAAACAAUUAGGCUCUUUGUUGGGUGAAAAAUUAAGUCAAAAACCUUAAACUCAAAGAAUGUACGCUUAUUUACGACUUUAAUGCAGACCUUGAGGACAGGCAUCACACUUGUGAAGAUCUGAUUUCAAUUUUUGAUAUGUCAUCUACAUUUUUCAAAUGUACACAUCGUCUACAGGCGACGAUGUGAAAACUGUGAUCUUGCUAAACUCCAACUGUCCGAAGGGAGCUGAAUUGAAAAUGCCUUGCCUCUGUCUCUCUGAAUGUUACCUAGUGGGAGUAGAGAAACAGUGAGACGGGCAAUCCUAGGACCUGGAUCUCACACAUAGUCUUACUGUAGCUUUGCUAAGUGAUGCAAAUAUAACCCAUGAACCCUCUGGUGGUCAGGUGGGUCACCUGUCUACUUCUCUGUCUGUUUCUGCAUUGUGUACCCAAGGGUUCUAGAGUAGAGAACUUCUGUCAUAAUGACUCGCUCUGCCUUGUGGAUAGCAUGAACACUCGUUUUCAGUUCCUUUUUCUCAUCUUUGGCGUAUGUGAUUUCAACGGAAAAACAAACAGUGUUCAAGAGAUCAUUGUCAAACCAAAAUCAUUUGAGAGGAGUCAAAAAUAGCUGUGCCAAAAAAAGUACAAAAAGCAACCAAACAUCACCGUCAACUGCUAUUGGCCUAGAGAAGAGGGUUUCUUUCCCUAAUUUGGUCACAGUUUUGUCAUUAUAGACUUAGUGAGCUCACUGUAAAGAUGAUGCUGGCUUAAGACUUCACUGUGUAACAAAGUACCGGGACUAUGAUUUAGAGAGGGGGGAGGUCUGUGACCUGGUUCUGUUUAAUAAACAACAGAACUUUUCAUUUCUGUUACUGCUGACUGUUAUUACCCCCCUCAUUACAUACGUUGGCCGCCUACUGUCUCAUGCUGCAUUUACGUGCUAGUCGGAGCUAGGAAGCUCGGGAAUGUCCAACUUGCUAACUGGUUGAACGCGGCAUGUGUAUAACUACAACCAAUUAGCAAGUCGGGAAAUGUCUGACUUUCCGACUAGCAUGUGAACGCGGAAACUACCCAACACUUUGGGAAGAGGGAAGCCCAGCCCACCACCUCCACCAAGUCCCUAGCCUUGUCUCUUCAGCAAGAGCUUUAAACUCCAGUUAUUGAGUUUAUUAUGAGACCCUCACAUCAUCAGACUUGUUCAUCUUUCCAUACCAUACUUAUAAGGUGUUAAUUGACCUGUUAUUUCUAUUUUUUUAUGUACCACUUUUAUUUAUGACAGUGCAUAUUUAUUAAUUCCUUUUUUUGUUCUGUUUUUGUAAGGGAAAUGUUUUAUGUUCGUUUACUAGAACACGUUGAUUCUUGUUACAUGACUUGAGAAAUGCUAUAUACGUCUGAAUAGACGUCUGACCCAUAAGUGUGUGAAUUUCAGGACCAACCAGUCAAGGUGGUCGAACCACUCAUUAGCAGAUUGUUGAGUUUUUAUUUAUGUUCAUAUCAUCCAGAUGUUCAUGUGAAUCUAUCUAUCCUAAUUGCAAAUGAAAGGUAGUUCUCUCAGUAUUCAUUCAUCUUAAGUUGUUGAACCAACUGUUUUUUUCCCAUAGAUUUCUACUUGAAUGUAAGUAUUUAUUUAUAAAUCAAUUCAGUCGGUGACCAACUGACUCUCUUAAUUCCAGUUAUUAAAAUCAAGCUGCUGUCUUGAGGAGAAUGGCUGGAAGAGCCUGUAUGUAGUUAGUGAAUGGACAUGUAACAAUGGAUGGCUUUUAGAUAAAGAAAAUUUAGUUUCUAAAUAAAAUAAAAUAAUGUUUUGAAUGGAAUUUAAAUUUAAUUUACUUUGAUAACAGUUACUCUAAUGACACAGAUUCUCAAGCACUAGUUGAACAUAAGUAACACUUUCACUAAACUGAUAUCCUUUUCAACUUGGUUGGGGGGGAAUAGACACUGUGUCUGAAACUGAGCAUAUAGUCUAGAGACGUCUAUCAGAUGACAUUACCUAAAAUCAGAUGAAGAGGGCAAGAUUGAGUAUAGCUCACUCAAUCUCCUGUCCUAGAUGACAAUCCAUAGCAACAGGUUCAAACAAAACUGAUAUCGUUACACAGAGACUGGUGUACUGUUCUGUAUUUAGAAUGAAUUCAUAGUUGUCUAUUGCAUGCUUUUAGUGUUUGUAUUAGCUUUGGUGACAUGAGCUGUCUGCAAGCCGAUGAUUGCAUGUUUUGACUAAGAAACUGAAAUGAUUUACAUAGACUUUACCAAUCAUAUCUUAAAGUAACUGUCCAGUGUUUCCAGAUUUCUGACAUAUUUAUUUUUAACCUUUAUGAAAAUAAGAAUUUGUUCUUAAUUAAAAUGUUGGCCUAGGAACAGUGGGUUAAAUGCCUUGUUCAGGGGCAGAACAACAGAUUUUUACUUUGUCAGCUCUGGGAUUUGAUUUGGCAACCUUUCGGUUACUAGUCCAACGCUCUAACCACUAGGCUACACUGCCACCCCCAUAUAUGACCUAUAUAGUUAAUUCAUAUGGCAUAGAAAUGACUUAUAAUUAACUACCAUAUUACUUAAUUACAAUUUUUUGGAAGGAUAAUUUAAGUAUGUUAAAAUCAGCUUUUCUAUGUUGGAAUGGUGUGGGCAUACCCCAACAACAGAAUGGUGUGGGCAAGUAGACUGCUGAUUGGCCAGCUCAUCCUCUAUGAGGAAAUGUUUGUUUGUGAUACAAGUUUGAGGUGGUGUUUUAAGUGUUUUUUUGGCCACUCUAUGAGUUAACAGAAUAUGAACUUUUAAAUGUGAGAUUUUCACUGGACAGUUGCUUUAAUUACUUACAAGCCUUAGAUUUCAUCAUUAGCUAUGCAAGCAGAGUCUGUUAAAUUGUAUUUAAAAACAAGUGCUUUUAUCUUCUCAUUAUGAUAAUACUUAUUUGAAAAACAAAUAAGAAUUUAAAUGGACCCAACAUACAGUAUCUUAACAUGUAAAAGGAAUUCCAUGAUGUCUGCUUAUUCCAUGAAACUUGGCCAUAGUGGACUGGAUGUCACUUGACUUGUUUACCGCUCUUUGGUGUUGUAGCUCUGUGUUGCCCUCUGAUCUAUACUGUAAUGUUUUAACGCCUUGGGGAAUGGUAGGUGCAGGCAGAGAUCUGGGAAUAUCUAUGAUACACUGCCCUGGUUCUUUGGCUGAGUUUGGGUCUUCUUACAUGUCCUAGUAGCUUGGAUAUUCAUGUUUAAAUGUUUGAAGGCUUUCAGCGUUUGAGUUGCCUGCCCUUGGCCUUUACAUAAGUCAAGCAUUCACAUGUAUUUGGUUCAGUCAAAUUGUCCCCCUCGCCAUCAUUGCACACUCAUGAUUUAACCUCACUGUACCAGUGGUUUGUCUUUGAUUCUGUAGAAGCAGAGCUUGUUAUUCUGAGAGAAUUUGAUCAAUAUGCAAGAAGGUGACAAUGACAUUUGAAACACACAUCAGAGCAGUACAGUUGUGUCCAACGUGUGGCUAGCACUUUUUUGCUCCAUAAGCAAAAUUCCACCUAGGCAUCCCAGAUCCUUGCAUGUCUCAUCUGGGUCUUUUAGUCUCAUGUUUUCAGCACUGUAAGUGGACAAGGUCAUUUUAAUAGUGUUUAUUUUUCACAUGAUUGUGUUGUUUAUGGGUGUGUAUAUUUGUAUGGAUGUCUUCACAGAGGACAGUUUCCAGUUUGUUUCAAGUUUUAUUAGUCGUAUGUACGGGACACGUAUACUUUGUCCACAAAAUGCUUACUUGCAUAUGCACCAUUGUUCUUAGCUAGUCAAAGGUCACUCACUUGGGCUUCUGUGGUAGCCAACCAUUACCCACUUUGCAUUUUCUGCCAGUGAGCUAUUAACGUUAUCUUAGUUUGAUUUCCAAUGGUGGAAAAAGUACCCAAUGGUUAUACUUGAGUAAAAGUAAUAGAAAGUUACUCAAGUAAAAGUUAGUCACCCAGUAAAAUACUACUUGAUUAAAAAUCUAAAAGUAUUUGUUUUUAAAUAUACUUAAGUAUCAAAAGUAAAUGUAAUUGCUAAAAUAUAAAGUAUUAAAAGUAGUGAAUAUAUAUAUUUUUUUUUUGAGAUAGCCAGGGGCACACUCAGACAUUAUUUACAAAUUAUGCAUGUCUGUUUAGUGAGUCCGCCAGACCAGAGCAGUAGGGAUGACCGUGUGUUCUCUUGAUAAGUGUGUGAAUUUCACAAUUUUCCUGUCCUGCUAAGAGUUCAAAAUUAAAUAAGUACUUUUGGUUGUCAUGGAAAAUAUAUGGAAUAAAAAGUACAAUACUUUCUUUAGGAAUGUAGUGAAGUAAAAGUAGUCAAAAAUAUAAAUAGUAAAGUACAGAUAUGCCUAAAAACUACUUAAGUAGUACUUUAAAGUAUUUUUACUCAAGUACUUUAUGUCACUUGAUUUCAGACCAGAUUUUGCCAGUGCUCCGUCUGUGGUGUUUGAUUCUUGUAGCAUUCUGAUGUCAGGGUUUUGUCUUUUUUUAAGUCUUGAGAAAUGUGAAUUAUUUUUUAUUGUGGAAAUUAAUUACUGAAUAAAAUUCAUGUGUAUGUGGUUA